ACAGCAGAUUCGUGUUUUCCCUCUAACCAGUUGUUUACAUUAAAAGCGACUGUAAGUCGGUUCAGGCUUAACAAACGAAGUUUAACGUUCUUUGUAGUAUCUCAUGAAGACGUACUUACUGCUUAACACUUCAAAGGCAACUUGUUUGUCUUUUCAAAUAAACUAGGUAGCUACUCGCUCCUGUAGGGUGUUUGGAGCUAGCUAGCUUACUAUCGCUAGCUAGCUAGAAUAACUAAGUAAACGGCAUCGUUGACUAGAAACAGCAUAAAUCUAGGGACGGUGUUAAUGCCACGCCAUGUCUGGCAUAGCCCUCAGUAGAUUGUCGCAGGAGCGCAAAGCUUGGAGAAAAGACCAUCCAUUUGGAUUUGUUGCUGUGCCAACCAAGAACCCUGAUGGCACCAUGAAUCUGAUGAACUGGGAAUGUGCCAUCCCUGGGAAGAAAGGGACGUUGUGGGAGGGAGGUCUGUACAAGCUUCGCAUGCUCUUUAAGGAUGAUUACCCUUCUUCACCACCCAAAUGUAAGUUUGAGCCACCGAUCUUCCAUCCCAACGUGUACCCCUCAGGCACUGUGUGUCUGUCCAUCCUGGAGGAGGAAAAGGACUGGAGGCCAGCCAUUACAAUUAAACAGAUCUUGCUAGGCAUUCAGGAGCUGCUGAAUGAACCCAACAUCCAAGAUCCAGCACAGGCAGAGGCCUACACAAUAUACUGUCAGAACAGAAUGGACUAUGAAAAGCGUGUGAGGGCACAAGCCAAGAAGUUUGCUCCCACUUAAGAUGACACUGAACAGCCACUGAGGAGUUUCUGGCCUGAGAAGGGAGGAGGCACUAAACACCAACCCAUUUCUAAGGGUGGGAGGGUGUGUAAAUAUAUAAAUAUGACAACUUUUGUAUUAUUAUUAUUAUUAUUAGUUGAUGUUGUGUGUUGUCAUGGUAGCCAUGUUUUGACAAUGUGUGGUGUAAUAAAAUCAAAUCAACCAACAACAGAAAAAAAUAAACAAACCAACAAAAUGAACAGUGGAGGAAAUUUGAACUUUUUGCUUUUGUUCACAACUUGAUGUUUUUGUUAACUGAAUGUAAAAUAAAUAAAAUUAAAGUAUUCCAAA